AUGUCGACUCCUACCCUCCGUGUGGAUACCGCUUCGGCCAGCCCGGCGCGCAAUGAGUCGCGUAAGCUGUUGGCGCACAUCCUUUCGCAGCUACAGAUCAGGCCAGUUCCUCCUUCGUACCUCAGCACACUUGCGACCGGUCAACCCCAGAAUGAGAAGGGAGGAGGCUCUAUGUUUAAAAGUGUCAAAGGGGCGGUCAAAUACACUGGACAGCUGCGCGGGCGACGGACGCACCAACCUGUCCCGCAAGAAGACGACGAUUCCGAAGACGAGCUGGCGGACGGCUUCUAUACGGACACCACAGUAGACCUCAUGAAUCAGCUCAAAGACGUGCUCAUGCUGUCGAUCGCGCACAACUGGGAUAUCUUUUAUGACAGCAACACACAGACCCAAAGGAGCAAUAGCGACAGGCUGAAAGAUGCUUUUCGACGCCGGAGAAGCUUGUCCGUCGGUCGAAAUUCACGUUCGCGUUCUCCAUCGGCGGACCCUGGGGACUCAGAGGCUGUCCGCGCACCAGAGCUUCUGUCUCAAUGUAUCUCAAUCCUCGCGUCCAUCAUUGCCGAAGACUGCCGCUACAAAAUCUCUUCUCCUCGCCCCUCCCUCCCACCCAACGCCCUCCAGUUCAUUUCGCUAGACGUCGCGCGGUUCCUCUUAUACACUCAUCGCCACGACCCACGAGUCGUAAUGCAGAUCGGAUUCGCUCUGCUCCCGGCCUUCUUGACCUUUGGACUUGAGAUGCAAACGCGGCUGCUCGCAUUCAUUGACGAAGGCAUCGUCGGCACGUUAUUAGCAGACUUGAGGAACCUGCAGGGGACACGCCAGUUGACAUCGCCUCCGGCAGAUGGGGCAUACAACGACCCGUCCAACGAUCCGCCUAUGGUUUCUAUCCUGGUGGACGAAGUGAAGGAAGAACGAGUCUCUACUCCAACAGGGCCGUCGUGGCGACGAUGGACUCAGGCUUUGUCGCCCGAAGACGUUGCGCUGCGGUCCACGUCUGCACCUUUGCAAGACAUUGCCAUCUACCACCUUUCUUCGGUGAUCCCCACUGUGCUCGCCGCAAUUCUGGAAGGCAUCGACUUGGCGUCCGCCAACUCGUCUGUACUGCACAGGUUCCAUAGGCUCUUCAGUAGUAUCGCCGAAAGCAAGCCUGACGCGUACCUCGACGUCCUCGCAGUCAUUGCAUACCACACACCUCGCUCGCGUUAUACUGCUAUCAGCCUCCUUCUCUCCUACUGGCCGCAGUCGAUCGGACACCUGACGGUCAGCAAGCCCUUUCCCACCAUCAGCUACCAAGACGCGAUCGCUCGCGAAACGCAAGGGGUCACCAUUGCCCGAAGACAGAACACGCACCCAUACGCACACCAGUUCGUCCCCUGGCGUUUUGCCCGUCCAGUUGGGCCGAAUAUAUUCGCUGGCAUAUCGCAACACGACUGUCAUUGUUGCUCGAACGUCAUCGAGGGCUUUGGUCUGCUCUGUUCAUUGUGCUUGUGCAUGGUCCACUUUGACUGCUAUGACUACCCCGACGGGAGCUUCUUCACACAAUACAGCGUCGCCGCGGAUCCAAGCCUCCAGAAGGUCGCCGUGCACCGUUUCUCCCAUAUCCUGGCCCACCGACAUUCACACGGCGCCGAGGUUGUACUCAAGGAGAACCACGCUUUCCGCCCUGUCAACUUGUUCAGUUUGACGCUAUGCUUCAUCUGCAAGAAACCAUUAUGGGGGUCGAUUGCUCAGGCAAUGAAGUGCGGCGCUUGCAAGCAAUUCGUUCAUUCGUCGUGUCUGACCUGGGCCUCGUCUGGAGAGCUCGUGCGCUGCAGGUCGGCCACCAUCGACGACACAUACAUGACAAUCUCGUGGAGGGAGCUCCGACAAUCCUUCGCAGACCACUACCGCGAGAUCUUCCUCACCGAGGCCGACCUUCCUCUUCGAACAUUCGAAGAGCUUUCCGUCAUUUUGUCGGUGCUCUGGAUCCAGCAGCAGAUCCUCAACAACGGAUUGGCACUAGGUUCCAUGGUGGUACAACAGGACAACCCAUCAUUUGACGAAGGCAAGUUGGACGAAUUCGAGCUGCAUUACCUGGUGGAUCUCUUGGAAGCAUAUCUUCGGUCGCGUACUCCCGCGGUGUCGCCCGCUCUUUCCGACCACUUCAUCGAAAAUAACAUCCGCGCCUCUGAGCCAGAAGCUCACAUCUUCUUCAAUUGGAACGUCCUUGCCUUCGUAACCAGUAUCGUCAAGACGCCGCCUACAACCCUCGACCCGAUGCCUUCUGGAGACUUCCUGUUAACCCCCAACGGACCACAAGAUAGAGAUGGUUCGCUCGAAGACAGCUCAUACCCCUUCGAGGUCGCUACUCUGGCACAUCUCCGAGACCAGCUCGGGGAUCAACUCGAUCUCCGCUCAGAAGCCACCGCCAAGUACCUGCUGACCCACCUUUUCCAUCUUGGCUUUUUCCAGCGCGUAGACUCUCAUGGGCGACUCUUCGACGGUAGCCCUCAUCCAGAACGUUUGUUAUGCUCUUUCCCUAUUCCCAUGGGACUGGAGGUCUCCACAGAGGUUGAAACACUUGUAUCUGCGAUCGAGGCAUGUCUCCAGGAUAUUAACCUUUCGGUCAACGAGACGGGCCUUCUGUUGCUAGUGCGGAGGUUCUGGCCCGAUGGCAUGCUCACCGAGUACGCUUUGAGGCGCUUGACCAAGACCGUACUUGCAUGGGUCUUGUCCGAGGAUGACGACCUCGCCACCAUGCUACGAGACUACGUUGCACGCGGUCUCAGUCUUCCGGGUGUGCGUUCUGGCGCGGGGGAGCAACCUUGGCCUCAGUCAACCCAGUCGCGACCUGCUGGGGCGGGCUCAGCCAACAACGGAGGAGAUUACAUCGCUGGAAGGCGAUCAUUGUCAACGCGUUAUGCUGCCAGGUGGCUUUUAGCGCUUCACGACCAGGAUAUCAACAACUACUCCGUCAUAGUCUUCGAUUUGCUCGUCGAACAGGCAAAUGAGCUUCCAGUAGGUGACGACUUCUUUCUCGGUAAAGGAUACGGAGGCGACCAAAGGAAGGAAGCAAUCAUAACCGAGAAGAUUCUCCUGCUUAUUCUGAAGCUGAGCCAAGCAUCAGUCCUCUUCACCUCGUUCGACGACCUCUUCCAAAAAUGGUUGGAACGUGCCUCUUCUCUAGAUGUCGACAAGCAGCAACCGCUCGCCUCGCUGUCACGCUUAUUCAAUAGAGAGCUUGACACAGCUUCUCAACGAUUCAGCGCGAGCGUGAUCGAGCCUCGGCUGUCCAUGUCAGAGACACCGAGUAUGCUGACCACUAAUCCCCUCAAAAUCAUUGUCGAUAUCGCGAACAAGUCGUACGAGGGCUACGACAUGACACUACAUUGGCUCUGUCUCUUCGUCCGGUCAGGGGUUGAAAUCUCGGGCCAGACAUUUAUGCAGCUUGUGAAUCUUGGAAACAAGUUCGGCGUUUCUUUAGAAGUCUGCACACUCUUGAUCAAGGCAGCGCUAUGGUCGACGUGGUUGAAGUCAAUGGGACGUCAAGAUCUUCAGACCGUAAUCGCGGCUAUCCAUACAGGGAUUGGGCCACAACUUGUUCAGUACCUUCAAGCUUACCAUCGCGUCGAGGACGUGCUUCAAGUUAUCAGACAGUCACUCGCGACAUGUCUUCUCCUUUACGGCUGCGACCGAACAUAUUUGCAAACCUGUGGCAUGAUUCUGGAAGAUGAGGUGAAGGGGCUUCCGUCGAGGAGAAAACUUCACGCUCGCAACCAAUCGGUGACAGACCCUAUUAUCGUCAACUCUUUGAUAAUCGACGCUUUGCGUACGUACGUUGAGACUGGGCUGCAGGAAGUUUCUUGUGUCGCUGCCAAGUUCUUGGACGCCUUUAUGCACCAUGCAACACUGGUGGAGUCUUACGAAGUUGACAACUUCGUUCUACGAAAUGGAUCAUCGCUGAGCACUUGCAUCUGGCAAUUCUAUGGCGUACAAGCUUCACAAAUAUCAACGAUUCGCACUUCUCUGUUGCUACGUGUUCUUGUUGUAGACCCUCAACCAAUGCAGCUGCUUCUGCAAGACACAUUCGAGUUCAAGGGUAAUUGGGAGGCUCGGCUUCAAGCUGUCGUCAAGCUCUUCCGCAUCGUCGAAGAUGUCACGAGUCCAGCAUUCAAUGUCGAAGACCGACAGUGGCGGUCAAGCGUCAAUAGUAUCUUCUACUACUUCUUCAGAGCUCUCUGGGAAGAUGAUCAUGAGGAGAUUCGACUCUCUUGCUCCGGUGCCCACUUUGAGGCCAUCACACUGUGCUGGAACGAAACACUGACGAAGUCACCUGUUGCUGAGAGAAGGAAAUUGGUCUCGUUCCUCAACCAGCUCCGGCCCCACUUCCCUCAUUGGCCUUUGUUAUCGUGGCAAGUUUUGCUGGAAGCCCUACUCGAAGCAGAGUUCAACCAGCGGAAUGGUGACGACGAAGAAGGGCCUAUGUCAGCCCAUCUGUCAAUGUAUGGGCUACCCCCAGACUCACGGAAGACUAUGCUUAUUGAUCCGGAUUUGUUGUCGCUCCAAAAUUCCCUCAUAUCACUCGCUCUGCGGAUGGUGGCCGAUGGCAUCCUCAUCGACGUCGUCUCCAUGCUCAAGCUUAAAGACCAUCUUGCGAAGACGAUCGGAUACGCCGAGGUAGCGAUGCUAUCAACCGGGCAAGCUGGAAGCAUCUACGUUCAGUUCGGAAGCUUGAACUCGAUAUCGGAGGCGGCGUACCCGUGCUUAAACGAGCUCAUGCUCUUGCUGGAUUCCCCACAACCGUACAACCUCACCUCUGCGACCAUGGGCGCGAAAUAUAUCGACGACGAACCCGCCUCGACUCUGCUUGUCGGAUCCGUUUUCGUUGAUCUCUUCCUGGACACGUUCGUACGAUGCUACAAGAUCGAGACACUUCCGGCACUCACGCUCAAGAACAUAAUGAGGUCAUUGGUCGUGGUGAUCUACAAGCACGAUUUCGAUAGCAGGCCACUCAAACCGCUCCAAGCCGUGCUGCGAAGGGCCGUCAGGAGAGCAUUGGAUCUCCUAGUCGUGGAUCUGAGCUACGACAUCCGGCAGCUUGUGUUGACGGUAACGCAUGCGUUCAUCAAGAGGUGGCCAAAUCUUGUUGGGAAUCUAGUCGUCGAAGCGAUUGAAAUUGCAAUGGACCUCUUGGAGAAGAUGGACUACCUGCAACAUGGCGAUGAUAUUCUCGUCGACCAGACCAAGAAUUUCGUGCGGACCGAGCUCGCGCUAUACGCAUUCAGUGGUGUUUUCCACCUGUUGUGCAAGAGACCACGCACACCAGAAUUCUUCGGCAUCAUCAAGCAAGUCAUUGGACCGCAUGUCCUAGCCGAGCAUAAUCAGUAUCCACAUGAGACACUGCGAGACGGGCUCCUUCGGGACACCCUCACGCGAGCCGUGGAGGGCGACGACGAAUCGUUUCAAUCCAUAGUCAACAACCUCCACACCUACGUUGAGGUCGUACAUCACACCGACUACAACCUUCCCCUGAUGCAAUUUGUUGGCCUGACACUGGCCAACUUGACGCGGAAGACGGCUGACCUUAGCCUUGCCCGCUUCGACCCUAGCCCCUUGCUUAUGCUCGCAUGCCUCCUCAUCCAACAUAACAAGGCGCAUAGUAGGGAUCUCCUAAUGUACUUGGAGACGCUUCUUCGCUCCUCUCUCGUUCGGUUCAACGUCUCAGUCUCGAGCAUGCGCCGCGUCUUGCAAGUCACCACGACCCUCUACAGGAGGGCCGCCAAAGCAUCCGGCACGAAUGCGGAUACGACCCUCGUGAACCCCAUUGCCGGAGCCAUGUUCGAAAUUACGAAGGAUAGUCUCAACCUCAAGGCGCGCGUACUCCCCGCAACGCUUGCGGCGUUGGUUGAUGCGCUUACAGCCAACCCCGCGCCCGAAAGCUCGCCGGUCAACUUCGUCCCGCUAGAAUCACAGCUUCAGUUGGCGUACGACGGAGUGUUCUACUUAUACCAGGAAAGCACACUCGACGGUUUGAUGCAUUCGGACUUUGCGACCUCCCAGUCCGUCGCGAAGAUGAUCAUCCAGGGCGCAGAGAUUCAGCCUUCGCUUCUUCAGAACUUGUCGAAGAACCCGAUGACAGUACGCGUGUGGAAUAUCUUCGCCCUUGCCGCACUGUCGCGGCCUACUGGUCAAGCCGCCGCACUCCUCUUCGAGCACUUCAUGGUCUUUUCGCUCGUAUAUAACACCUCCCUCGCCCCUUACCACAACUCGAGCUGGCCGGGAUACGACACUCCGGACGGACAAGACCGUGCACACGCAGACGUGAGCUACGCGUACGCGGCGAUCAAGCUCUGGCUCCUUCUCGCCCGCAAAGCUGCCUCCAUCCGGGUCAUGCAAGACGGGGAGGGUCUCGCAGCGGGAAUUGUGUGGAACGAACUCUGGCCACCAUUCGAGAUCGUGCUGUCUACAUUCGAGGUCGACGCCCAAAGCGGAAACGCUUCGCCGCUCGCGUCAAGCCUGUGGACCGCCGUGGGCGAUUUGUUCCUCUUUGUGCGGCAGUCUCGCGCAGUGAUCGCGCUGGACACGGCCCUUCCUUUGCGUGUUCUGAACGGGAUCAAGGACAUUGUCCGCGGGGAGUCAAAGGUGGCACGAAUCGCGAGGAGCUUGAAGGACCCACCGCCCGACGAUUCAUUAGAUUACUUCGUGAAUCAAGUGCUGACGGAGUUGACCGCGGAGGAGAAGCUGCAGGCAGCCAAGCGACAGAUCAAUAUGGAACGGAGCAGGAGAGCUGUCGGUUGA